ACUUUAUACUAAGUCUUGGCGGCAGCCAUUUUGGUUUGUUCCUGUUUGUGAUUGCUUGACCUGCGUUGACUGGGACUGUGCAUUUUUGUUGUGAAUUGAAGCACUCUUCCAGAAUUGAAAACACUCUGGGUUAUAGAGCGACCAAGUAUUACCUUUUGAACGAAUCUGUACGUGAUCUAUCCAGACAGGAUAGAAUAACAUUUAUUUGUGGUGAUUGUUUAGAGUUGAUCAAUUAAACAAUUAUUGGUUGGAUAGCUGAGUGGUUAUAUUUGUUUAGAACCGCUAUCUUACCCAAUUAUUUUGUUUUGGUUUCAAUCGGGCGAGGGCGCGUAUCUAACUCAUCCAGACAGCUGUCCAGCAGUCCAAACGUAGUUUGGAUCUUACAGUUCUAAACAAAUAUUUGGUCGAAUUCGUUUGGCUUUCGUUUCGUUGAUUCCAAUCAUCGUCUCUGGGAAUAUCUGGUCGUUCGCUUCCGAUGCCAAACAAUCGUCGAAGGAAAUUAAGUCCAAGGCUUGUGGAUGUUAAAAGAGAUGAACAAAAGGAUGGAUCCCCUCAAUCAAAGCAAGUGCCUUCUGAUGCUUCUAUGUGUCAUGGUUCAUAUUCUAAUAGGGACGAUUGUAAUUAUAGUGAAUCUAGUUGUGAUAUAAUGUCAGAUGGCAUAGAAAACCUUAAUUUAGACGUGAAGCAAGCAAAAGACGUAAGGCCGUCGGCGUUUUUCAUAGGUCCAGAGUUACCAAAGGUUGAGUUAGGUUAUUUCGACGGUCAACCAAGAGGUUACUGGAAGUUUUUAAGGGAGUUUGAGACCUAUGUGGAAUCAAGGGUCAAGGAUGAUGGUCAACGCUUGCUUUAUUUGAUACAUUAUUGUAAGGGUAAAGCGAAAACAGCCAUUGAGGGUUGUGUUAUGUUGGAAGCCUCUUUUGGUUACAAAAAGGCCAAAGAAAUUCUAAAACGGUUGUUCGGACAGGCGCAUGUAAUCGCUCGGGAGACUUUAGAGGACUUAUUCAAAACUACAAAUGUUGAUUACAGUGAUCCUGAGCAACUAACAAAUCUAGCUAUUAGGAUGGAAAAUUGUUCUAUGGUUUUGAAACAGAUGAAGUAUACUGCCGACUUAAAUUCUUUAAUUACCUUAGAGAGAAUAGUAGGACUCUUACCUCAAGUUAUGCAAGCCCAAUGGGCGGACUGGGUAGAUGAAUUGACUGAAGAUAAUAGAGAACCAACCUUUGACGAGCUUACACAAUUUAUAGCAUCCCGCGCGAGGGUAGCUAAUAGUAGGUUUGGACGGUUAGCGAAUCGUCCGAGAAAGGGACACAACGUAAAGACAAAUUGUCACUUGCAAUUGGAGCAGGCGAAUAAUUCGAAAGAGAAAGCUAAAUGCAGUGUGUGUUCCCUAGACCAUGCUAUUUAUAAAUGUCCAAAAUUUUUAGCGCUUACCGUUCAAGAGAGAUGGUCUCACGCGAAGGUUAAUGGCAUCUGUUUUGUCUGCCUCAGGCAAGGGCAUAAAGUUAGUGAAUGUAAGCUGGCAAAACGUUGUAACGUUGAGGGUUGUGAAAGGAAACACCAUUCUUUGUUACACAGCGAGAGUGAGAAACCUGGUACCUCGAGUUGUUGCGGAUAUACUAAAUCACUAAUCAGUCAAGUGUGUUUAGGCAUGAUUCCCGUACGGUUGAAAUCGCGAAAAGCCGAGAUUGUGGGUUACGCUCUGUUGGACAACGGUUCUGAUGUGACACUGAUAAAAUCAAACUGUUUGAGGUCUCUCGGGCUGAGCGAAGACGAAGCAUCAGUGGUAGUUGAGACUGUGGGCGGUAAUAGAACAAUGAAGGUCACGAGUGCGCCUUUCGAGGUAUAUUCUUUAGAUCGAUCUGAACAUGUUACGAUUGAAGGAGCUCUGAUUGUAGCACGUAUACCAGGUCAUAAGCCAACAAAGUCAGCAAUGAACAACCUAGUUAAGUGGCCGCAUUUAAGUGAUGUACCAAUAGAUAGCCUAGACUCUGAAGAAGUUUUACUGUUGAUUGGUUGCGACAUACCAGAAGCACACUGGGUGUUAGACCAGCGGUUGGGCGGAAGAAAAAGCCCGUACGCUGUGAAGACGUUGCUGGGGUGGACGGUUUUCGGACCUGCGUUAUGUUCGGAAUAUAGGAAAAGAGUAGUUAAUCAUACCAGUAAAUUACAGACUUUGGAGAACGAAAUACGUAAACCUUAUGAUGUAGAGUUUUCUGAUGUUUAUUCAAAUGAUAAAUCAUUAUCAGUAGACGACAAGACGGCUAUAAGGAUUGUGGAAGGUGGCACACGCUUCGUAAAUGGUCAUUUUGGAGUCCCUAUACCAUGGAAAGUGCACCCAAAUAUGGGAGGGGGGAAUUAUGAAGUGGCAAACAGUAGACUACAGAGUUUGAAGCGUAGAUUGUUGAAAGAUGACAUUCUGUAUAUCAAGUAUACAAAUGGUAUUGAAAGGCUUCCGACUAUGAAAGGGAUUCUAUUCAUAGUUUCUUCUCUGUUCGAUCCUUUGGGUUUAAUUGCUCCGGUCUGUCUUCCUGCCAAGGUCCUCUUGCAAAAAUUAUGUAAGUCCCAAAUAGGCUGGGAUCAGCCUCUCAACGAGCCAUACAAGUCCGCGUGGCCAAAUUGGGUAAAAUUUAUGCGUCAAACAGGUCCCAGAUUUGCAGGACUUCAAAGAUUCGUCGCUCGAGAUGUUGUUCAGAAAGCUCUUGUGGAAUUAGGCGUGUAUAGAGGUGAGAAAGAUAAUCCUGUGGUUGUACCGAUGUGUUCUCAAAGCAAAGAUAUUGUUGGACCAUUGUUGAAACCUCAAUGGUACCUACGUUGUAAGGACAUGGCUAAUGCGGCAAUGAAGGAGGUAUCUGAAGGCCGCUCACGUAUUAUUCAUAGUUUCCAUAUUCGUACAUGGAAUAAUUGGCUUAAAGAUUGUCAGGAUUGGUGUAUUUCUCGACAAUUAUGGUGGGGACAUCAUAUUCCUGCUUGUCAUGUUUCGAUUCGACGUCCUGGCGUAGAUAAUUUAGAAGUUUUAGAUCCUACAGAUCAUAAUUCAUGGGUAGUUGGUCAUACAAUCGAAGAAGCACUUCAAAAGGCCUGUGAUAAUUUCCAUUGUUCACCAGAUAACUUAACUUUAAACCAAGAUAAUGAUGUAUUAGAUACGUGGUUCUCUUCACAAUUAUUUCUAUUAUCUGGAUUUGGUUGGCCUGAACAAAUACCAGAUUUAAAGGCUUAUUAUCCUGGUAGUUUAUUAGAAACUGGGCAUGAUAUUAUAUUUUUCUCGGUUGCACGUAUGGUUAUGAUUGGUUUGAAAUUAAUGGGACAAUUACCAUUUCAUACGGUCUAUUUACAUGCUAUGGUUCGUGAUGCUCAUGGCAAAAAAAUGAGUAAAUCUUUGGGUAAUUCAGUCGAUCCAGUAGAUGUCAUCAAUGGAAUAUCUUUAGAAGGCUUACAAAAACAACUAGAACAAGGGCACGCAGGAACGUCCCAAGUAUUGGCUAUAAUUCGAAAAUGGUAUUGGAUAAUGAAGGCAACCAGCACGGUUAAGAGAGUGAUAGGUAUGUGUGUGACAUGCCGGCGGUUUACGAUGAAUACAGGGCAACAGUUGAUGGCGCCGCUUCCAGCUUGUAGAGUUCAACCAGGAUGGUAUAGCUUCUCAGCCGUGGGAGUAGACUACUUUGGACCACUUGUUGUCAAGAGAGGAAGAUCAUUAGAAAAAAGGUAUGGAUGUAUAUUUACUUGCUUGCAAACCCGAGCAGUACAUAUUGAACUGACACACAGUUUGAAUACUGAUUCGUUUAUAAUGGCCUUGCUACGUUUUAUUGGAAGAAGAGGGAAACCUGCAGAAAUUUACAGUGACAAUGGGUCAAAUUUUGUGGGUGCGGUCUCUGAGUUAAGGAGAUUUGUGCAACAGUUGAAUCAACAGAAAAUAGACAAAGAACUGUCAGCUAGGCAGAUUCAGUGGCAUUUUAACCCGCCCUCAGCCAGCCACAGGGGUGAGGUUUGGGAAAGGAUGAUUAGGUCCAUACGCCGACUGUUAUUGCUGAUAACUAGAGAGCAGACUCUAACCGAUGAGACUUUAAACACUUAUUUGAUUGAGAUUGAAAGGAUAUUGAACGAUCGACCCUUAACUCCGGUCGUUCAAGAUGCUAACGAUAAACUAGCUUUGUCGCCAAACAGUUUGUUGUUAUUGAGAGAAUGUGACGGAAUAGUCGAAGAAGGUAGCAUCAGAGAUAAAUAUGACAAACGUUGGAAACAGGUUAAUCAUCUUGCUAAUGUGUUUUGGAAAAGGUGGUUAAGAGAGUAUUUACCGUCACUACAAGAACGUCAAAAAUGGUUAGUUGAACACCGCAAUUUUCAGAAAGGAGAUGUAGUGAUCGUGGAUUCGGACAUAUCGACCUGUGGAAAAUGGCCCUUAGGAGUAGUUGAAGAUUGUGAAAUAGAUGACGACGGAAGAGUUAGAACAGUGGUUGUUCGUACGAACGGUGGAUUAGUCAGGAGAGAUAUACGUAGAUUAUGCCUCCUUGAAGGCUCGAAUUAGUUCCUCGUAUUAUCAAUGUAGGUAGGUCGAGUAGGCGUACUGUUGUAAGUCCUAUUCAUUCCUAUAGUGUCAUAUGCUACAUAAUGAACCAUGACCAUAGGCAUCAAGGUAGCUUGUGUGAUAUGGAGGGAUUUUGGGGGCCGGUGUAAGAUCCAUUUUGAAUGCUUUGUGUGUUCGUGAAAAUCCCUCCAUGUAUAUACUUGCACUUUGUUCCUAUUGAUUCUUUUAGUCGUACAAUGUUAACCUUUUGACUACAGUUGAAUUGUUAAUAUUUGUAUUUUAUUAUAGUUUUCGUUUUUACCACACCUUCACUAAUUCCCUAUGCUUCUUCCCGAACUGCACUUAUGUUGUUUUACUUUAUACUAAGUCUUGGCGGCAGCCAUUUUGGUUUGUUCCUGUUUGUGAUUGCUUGACCUGCGUUGACUGGGACUGUGCAUUUUUGUUGUGAAUUGAAGCACUCUUCCAGAAUUGAAAACACUCUGGGUUAUAGAGCGACCAAGUAUUACCUUUUGAACGAAUCUGUACGUGAUCUAUCCAGACAGGAUAGAAUAACAUUUAUUUGUGGUGAUUGGUAAUUUUCUUGCAUCCUUUAUCAACGUUCUUAUUUAUUAUAGUUUAGAGUUGAUCAAUUAAACAAUUAUUGGUUGGAUAGCUGAGUGGUUAUAUUUGUUUAGAACCGCUAUCUUACCCAAUUAUUUUGUUUUGGUUUCAAUCGGGCGAGGGCGCGUAUCUAACUCAUCCAGACAGCUGUCCAGCAGUCCAAACGUAGUUUGGAUCUUACAGUUCUAAACAAAUAUUUGGUCGAAUUCGUUUGGCUUUCGUUUCGUUGAUUCCAAUCAUCGUCUCUGGGAAUAUCUGGUCGUUCGCUUCCGAUGCCAAACAAUCGUCGAAGGAAAUUAAGUCCAAGGCUUGUGGAUGUUAAAAGAGAUGAACAAAAGGAUGGAUCCCCUCAAUCAAAGCAAGUGCCUUCUGAUGCUUCUAUGUGUCAUGGUUCAUAUUCUAAUAGGGACGAUUGUAAUUAUAGUGAAUCUAGUUGUGAUAUAAUGUCAGAUGGCAUAGAAAACCUUAAUUUAGACGUGAAGCAAGCAAAAGACGUAAGGCCGUCGGCGUUUUUCAUAGGUCCAGAGUUACCAAAGGUUGAGUUAGGUUAUUUCGACGGUCAACCAAGAGGUUACUGGAAGUUUUUAAGGGAGUUUGAGACCUAUGUGGAAUCAAGGGUCAAGGAUGAUGGUCAACGCUUGCUUUAUUUGAUACAUUAUUGUAAGGGUAAAGCGAAAACAGCCAUUGAGGGUUGUGUUAUGUUGGAAGCCUCUUUUGGUUACAAAAAGGCCAAAGAAAUUCUAAAACGGUUGUUCGGACAGGCGCAUGUAAUCGCUCGGGAGACUUUAGAGGACUUAUUCAAAACUACAAAUGUUGAUUACAGUGAUCCUGAGCAACUAACAAAUCUAGCUAUUAGGAUGGAAAAUUGUUCUAUGGUUUUGAAACAGAUGAAGUAUACUGCCGACUUAAAUUCUUUAAUUACCUUAGAGAGAAUAGUAGGACUCUUACCUCAAGUUAUGCAAGCCCAAUGGGCGGACUGGGUAGAUGAAUUGACUGAAGAUAAUAGAGAACCAACCUUUGACGAGCUUACACAAUUUAUAGCAUCCCGCGCGAGGGUAGCUAAUAGUAGGUUUGGACGGUUAGCGAAUCGUCCGAGAAAGGGACACAACGUAAAGACAAAUUGUCACUUGCAAUUGGAGCAGGCGAAUAAUUCGAAAGAGAAAGCUAAAUGCAGUGUGUGUUCCCUAGACCAUGCUAUUUAUAAAUGUCCAAAAUUUUUAGCGCUUACCGUUCAAGAGAGAUGGUCUCACGCGAAGGUUAAUGGCAUCUGUUUUGUCUGCCUCAGGCAAGGGCAUAAAGUUAGUGAAUGUAAGCUGGCAAAACGUUGUAACGUUGAGGGUUGUGAAAGGAAACACCAUUCUUUGUUACACAGCGAGAGUGAGAAACCUGGUACCUCGAGUUGUUGCGGAUAUACUAAAUCACUAAUCAGUCAAGUGUGUUUAGGCAUGAUUCCCGUACGGUUGAAAUCGCGAAAAGCCGAGAUUGUGGGUUACGCUCUGUUGGACAACGGUUCUGAUGUGACACUGAUAAAAUCAAACUGUUUGAGGUCUCUCGGGCUGAGCGAAGACGAAGCAUCAGUGGUAGUUGAGACUGUAGGCGGUAAUAGAACAAUGAAGGUCACGAGUGCGCCUUUCGAGGUAUAUUCUUUAGAUCGAUCUGAACAUGUUACGAUUGAAGGAGCUCUGAUUGUAGCACGUAUACCAGGUCAUAAGCCAACAAAGUCAGCAAUGAACAACCUAGUUAAGUGGCCGCAUUUAAGUGAUGUACCAAUAGAUAGCCUAGACUCUGAAGAAGUUUUACUGUUGAUUGGUUGCGACAUACCAGAAGCACACUGGGUGUUAGACCAGCGGUUGGGCGGAAGAAAAAGCCCGUACGCUGUGAAGACGUUGCUGGGGUGGACGGUUUUCGGACCUGCGUUAUGUUCGGAAUAUAGGAAAAGAGUAGUUAAUCAUACCAGUAAAUUACAGACUUUGGAGAACGAAAUACGUAAACCUUAUGAUGUAGAGUUUUCUGAUGUUUAUUCAAAUGAUAAAUCAUUAUCAGUAGACGACAAGACGGCUAUAAGGAUUGUGGAAGGUGGCACACGCUUCGUAAAUGGUCAUUUUGGAGUCCCUAUACCAUGGAAAGUGCACCCAAAUAUGGGAGGGGGGAAUUAUGAAGUGGCAAACAGUAGACUACAGAGUUUGAAGCGUAGAUUGUUGAAAGAUGACAUUCUGUAUAUCAAGUAUACAAAUGGUAUUGAAAGGCUUCCGACUAUGAAAGGGAUUCUAUUCAUAGUUUCUUCUCUGUUCGAUCCUUUGGGUUUAAUUGCUCCGGUCUGUCUUCCUGCCAAGGUCCUCUUGCAAAAAUUAUGUAAGUCCCAAAUAGGCUGGGAUCAGCCUCUCAACGAGCCAUACAAGUCCGCGUGGCCAAAUUGGGUAAAAUUUAUGCGUCAAACAGGUCCCAGAUUUGCAGGACUUCAAAGAUUCGUCGCUCGAGAUGUUGUUCAGAAAGCUCUUGUGGAAUUAGGCGUGUAUAGAGGUGAGAAAGAUAAUCCUGUGGUUGUACCGAUGUGUUCUCAAAGCAAAGAUAUUGUUGGACCAUUGUUGAAACCUCAAUGGUACCUACGUUGUAAGGACAUGGCUAAUGCGGCAAUGAAGGAGGUAUCUGAAGGCCGCUCACGUAUUAUUCAUAGUUUCCAUAUUCGUACAUGGAAUAAUUAACUUAAAGAUUGUCAGGAUUGGUG